AGCACCCUCUCCUACUUCUCAUUGGUUGUUGCCCCACCCAUCCUGGUUACUGAGUGGCCCUUUUGCGCAGAUUGCCGGCGCGUCCAUUGGUCUGAUCGGGUCCAUCGUCGUGACGUGAUAUAGGAGGGUCCGGCGCUGAUGGGCUGAGAGAAUGGAGGGAGAUUUGCUGCUGGCCCUCCAGUUACAGGCCGCCUGGGAGGCCGAGGAUGCCGGCGUCGCUGAGGUGGGCCGAGCGCGUCCAGCUGAGCCCCACGGCUCGCUUUCUGUGGUGGACGGGUCGUGGGAAUUGAUCGACCCGAACCCGGACCUGCGCGGCCUCUUUCUGCAGUUCAACGACAUGUUCUUCUGGGGCCGGCUGGCCGGGGUGGAGGUGCGCUGGAGCCCGAGGAUGACGCUAUGUGCAGGUUUAUGCUGCUACGAGGGGCGAGGGGGACUGUGUUCAAUACGCAUCAGUGAACCUCUGUUGAAACUGCGAGCCAGGCGUGACUUGGUUGAAACACUGUUACACGAAAUGAUCCACGCCUUGCUGUUCGUUACAAACAAUGACAAAGAUCAUGAUUCUCACGGGCCUGAAUUCUGCAAACACAUGAACAGGAUCAACAAGAUGUCUGGAGCCAAGAUCACUAUUUAUCACAACUUCCACGACGAGGUUGAUGCAUACCGGCAGCACUGGUGGCGUUGUGACGGGCCCUGCCAAAACAGGCGGCCCUACUACGGUUACGUGAAACGGGCAAUGAACAGAGCGCCAUCGGCUCGAGACCCCUGGUGGGCUGAGCAUCAGCUGAUGUGUGGUGGGACAUUCACUAAAGUUAAGGAGCCAGAGAAUUACAAGGCAAAGAAAGGGAAGGCAGGCCAUCUCUCAGGACCCCCUAAGGAUAAAGGUAAAUCUGUGGGUGUCGAUAUAUCUACUGUCAUCCCGUUCAGUGGUAAAGGUCACAUCCUCAAAGGCAGCAGUCCUAACUCAGCCAUUCAACAUGUGUCCCCAGGGAAUAUUCCUGCGGGAUUGCUCACUCAGUCAUCCCAUGGUGCUCUGUGGGGUUCUGAACCUCCUUUGCGGUCCCGGACUGCUGAAGCUGCUGUGAAGGCCUCAAGUUCAUCUAACUCUCUGCUGUCAGAUUUGGGGUCUCCUGGAAGCCCACCAAGAAGUCCAGGAGACCACCCAAGCUCAAGACUUGCUAAAAAGUCUGUUUCCAACAGCAAGGCUUUUGUCAGCAUCGAUGGAUCACCUGUUCGGAUCAAUGGUGCCAUGCUAAUGAACUCUGUGAAUAAAGUGCCAAAAGGUUGCCCGAAAAGGCUCAUCUCUGACUUGGACAGAUCUCCUCUCCAAAGGGACAGGGGAGAUGAGAAGAAGGCAAGGCCUGAUCCACCCUUUCCCAGAGGGACCAUUUUGCAUGCCUUUGGUAAAUUGACUACAGUCAGACAGGGAGGUCAAUCCACUGGGGCAAGCACUUCCAGUGAGGCGGACUCUGAGAAUCUGCAGAGCCCGAAAGGUGCUGCCGUGUUACCACUGCAAGCCGGUGCUAAGGCUGGUAACAGUGGUGGGGAUGAUAGCAAUAUGCCUGUUAACUGCCCAGUCUGUCAAUCUGCUGUCCUGGCUUCUGAAAUUAACCAACACUUGGAUCUGUGCCUUCAGUGACAGAGUUUAUUAUGAAAAUGUAAAUUGUAAAUUCACUUCAGAAUUGUCAGGGUCGGUAAGAAUCAAGAGGGAGGGAGUUAAUUUGGGAGUGGUUUAUUUUGCCCACAGAUAUCCUGUGUUUUAACUUAAUCCCUGCUGUUUGUCUCUGUGAGACCUUUUAAAGUGAGAACGUAUAUUUGGAACAUUUAUUGAAAGAUGAUACUUUUUACAGUUCUUUGGCAUUUAAUUGUAUUAAUGUUAACUGAUACUUCUGUAAUUCUGACAGCCAAUUAAAAUGGUAAAUAUUUUUCAAUGCAAUUUCUGUAAAACUGUUUUUGGAUCUGUUAUUUGAAUAAUUUUUUUUCCCUAAUAAAGAUGACAGUGACCUAUUUUCCAUUGUGUUUGUACU